AUGCCUCCCUCGUCUGCACCCUCGUCGCCCCCCGCUCACAUCCUCGUCGUCGGCGCAACGGGCAAGCAGGGCUCCGCCGUCCUCGAAGCCCUCGAGCGCCACCCGGCCCUCCAGCAGCGCCCCUCGAAGCUCUUUGCCCUCACCCGCAACCCGGACUCGCCCCGCGCAAAGCCCCUCAAGGCGCGCGGCAUCAAAGUCGUCCAGGGCGACAUCUUCGACACCGACUCGCUCGUCACCGCCCUCCGCCACAAUGCCAUCACCGCCGCCUUCCUCGUCACCGACGCAUUCGCAAAGGGCGGACCCGACGGCGAGAGGCAGCAGGGCAUCGCCUUCAUCGACGCCGCAAAGCGGGGCGGCGUAGAGUACAUCGUCUUCUCCUCGGUCGGAUGCGCCGACACGGCCACACAGGUGCCCCACUUUGCCUCCAAGAACGACAUCGAGCACCACCUCCGCGACAGCGGCAUCCCCUGGGCCAUCCUCCGCCCCGCCGCCUUCAUGGACAACUUCCCGCCCUCGGGCAUCGGCCGCUUCCUCGCCUUUUCCCUCUUUGGCAGCCUCCUCGGCGGCCGCAGAAAGCUCCAGUACGUCGGCGUCUGCGACAUUGGCAGGGUCGCCGCAGAGUGCCUCCUCAAGCCCAGCGAGUUCCAGGGCCAGACCAUCGAGCUCUCGGGCGACGAACUCACCGUGCCCGACAUCCAAAAGGCCUGGUACAGGGGCACGGGCACCUGGCCUUGGAAGAUGUGGCUGCCCGGAAGCCUCCUGCUGCCCUUUAUGCCGUACGACUUCAAGAUGAUGUUCAAGUUCUUCAUCAAGGACGGCUACCGCGCCAACAUCAAGAACCUGCGCACCAGAUUCCCCGGCCUCAAGGACUUCGAGACAUGGUCGCGCGAUGAGGUCGCCGCCAAGGCCAAGAAGCAGGACUGA